AAGAAAGUGGUGCUGUACUUUAUACAGAGAAAAGGAUAGGUCAUUUACCUGGGAUUGAUGUUGGGGAUCAGUUCUACUCACGUGCCGAGAUGGUUGCUCUAGGCAUUCACAGCCAUUGGUUGAAUGGUAUAGAUUACAUGGGUAUGAAAUACCGAGACAAGAAAGGGUGUGAGGACUUUACUUUCCCACUAGCAACUUGCAUUGUAUUGUCGGGAGUAUAUGAAGAUGAUGUUGAUAAUGCAAAUGAAAUAAUUUACACUGGUGAGGGUGGGAACAACUGGCUUGGCAACCGUCAACAGAAAACUGCACAAACAUUGCUUCGUGGAAACUUGGCGCUGAAGAACAGCAUGGAUAAUGGUAAUCCUGUACGAGUUAUCCGUGGGCAUGUUGAAAAGAGCAGCUAUACUGGAAAAGUUUACACCUAUGAUGGGCUGUAUAAGGUUGUGGACUUUUUGCCAGAAAAAGGAGUGCGAGGGGAAUUGGUUUUCAAAUAUAGAUUGAAACGGCUUGAAGGCCAACCACCUUUGACGACUUCUCAGGUACUAUUUACCCGUGGAGAUGUUCCCAUGCCAAUAUCUGAAUUGCCUGGGCUGGUUUGUAGGGACAUGUCUAACGGUCAGGAGAGCUUCCCAAUUCCUGCUACAAAUUUAGUUGAUAAUCCUCCUGUUCCUCCAUCUGGAUUUGUGUACUCCAAGUCACUGCAGAUUCCAGAACAUAUCAAGAUACCGAUUGAUAGAAUUGGUUGUAAUUGCAGUGGAGAUUGUUCUACCUCUGAACAUUGCUUGUGUGCUAAGCGUAAUGGUUCUGAACUACCCUAUGUGUCAACAAAAAGGAAAAAUGCUAAUCGGAAUGAUUCUAAACAUAGCAGUGUUGGAAGGUUAGUGGAGCCAAAAGCUGUUGUGUAUGAGUGUGGUACUAAUUGUACCUGCCACUGCAACUGUGUUAACAGAACCUCCCAGCAAGGAUUGAAGCUCCGCCUGGAGGUAUUCAAGACAGAAUCAAAAGGUUGGGGUGUUAGGACGUGGGACACUAUACUUCCUGGGGCCCUAAUUUGCGAGUACACUGGGGUACUAAGGAGGACUACAGAAGUUGAAGGAUUGCUGGAAAACAACUACAUAUUUGAUAUAGAUUGUCUUCAAACAAUUAAAGGCCUGGAUGGAAGAGAGCAAAGGGCCGGCUCAGAACUUCACAUAGCAUCACUUCAUUCUGAGCAUGACUCGGUGGCAUCUCAAGCCCCUGAAUAUUGCAUUGAUGCUGGUUCUGUUGGCAACAUUGCAAGGUUCAUAAAUCACAGUUGCCAACCUAACCUUUUCAUCCAGUGCGUGUUAAGCUCCCAUAGCGAUAUCAAGCUAGCAAAAAUUAUGCUUUUUGCAGCUGAUACCAUACCCCCUCUUCAUGAGCUCUCAUACGACUACGGGUAUCACCUGGACAGUGUCACUGGGGCAGAUGACGAAAUCGUGAAGUUGGCUUGCCACUGUGGUGCUCCUGAUUGCCGUAAACGACUUUACUAGGUUCUCCAAUCGUGUUGUAUAUGAUAUGAUAGAAUCAAAACUCAUUGUUCAUUAUGCCUUUCUUUUGUUCUUCAUAAUGGUUCAUACACCUAGAAAAUCCAAAACGCUCAUUGUGCGGCAUAAGAGAAGCUAAUCCAGAUAAAACUUCUCAAUGCAUGCUCUGAUCUGGGCACCCAAACGUUUGACCAUAGAAAUCCCAUUUCAAUACAAGAUACUCUUGCUAGUUUGGAAACAUGUCUUCGUCAUCGAUGAAACAGAUUCCCAUG